AUUUCAACUUGUAGAUAUCUCGAUUCAGCCCCUUUUAAAUAGUUUCACAAUCCUUCUUUUCUCAUCAAACCCUUAUUUCACUCUCCAUCCGCUUUCUCGUCCUCUCCUAAAAAAAAACCAAAUCGAAACCCUAAUCCUAGCUCGCUGCUUUCUCAGUGCAUCGUCAUGAAAGGAGGAAAAACAAAAGCUGAUACAAAGAGCAAGCUUGGUGUGAAGAUCUCAAAGAAGGACAAGCAGGCUGCCAAGGAUCCAAACAAACCAAAAAGGCCUCCAAGUGCUUUCUUUGUUUUCAUGGAAGAUUUUAGGAAGCAAUAUAAAGAAAAGCACCCUAGCAACAAAUCGGUUGCUGCUGUUGGUAAAGCUGGUGGUGAUAGGUGGAAGUCAUUGAGUGAGGAGGAAAAGGCUCCAUAUGUAGCAGAAGCAGGGAAGCGCAAAGAAGCAUAUGAACGAAACAUGGAAACAUACAACAGAAAAUUGGCUGGAGGUGCUGAUGAUGAUUCCGACAAAUCAAAGUCAGAAGUAAACGAUGAAGAUGAGGAAGGCAGUGUUGAGGAGGAAGAUGAUGACUGAAGUGUAUGUGGGAUGUUUUACUCGAUAUGGUUAGGUGGCCAUACUCCCACAUUUGAUCUAAUCAUGAAUUAGUAGUUUAUAACAUGGUAUUAACUUUGUUACUUUUUGCUAACCUUUGAGACUAUGUGUAUGCUUAUUAUGGUAGAUCUUAGUUUUCCAAGUAGUGUGGCUUGGUUGUCCGUCAUCUAUAUUUUGCUCCAUGUAUCUCAUAUCAUAGAUGCUUCAUUUAAUUUGCAUGAUGGUGGAAUUUACAUCCAAGUGAAGAUUCUAUGAUUA